CAAGUACCCCGGUUCAACCGGAUGUGGAGCCAAGUCCAACUUUCGGGGUAGCAGCGCCGACGAGGAGAUCCCAAGAUUUGCAUGGUCCAGACAAGCUUCGAAUCUUAAAUUCGAUGCUUGUUUUAGUUCUUUUAGGUUUCCAAUUUCUCAAUCUUAUCACUAAACUUUGAGAUUUGAAAAGUUACGGCCCCUUUUGUCUCUCCGGCAUCUGCCUUAACAACCAAAACGGCUCUGCAAAAGAAGUCCCUCUUUUUAUAUUAUCAUAUCUAUGAAGUUCUGAAUUCAUUUCUUCAGUACACCAAAUGAAAAUCCAUUUUCUCCGUGUUGUCUGCUUCUUCUUAGUGUUAUUUUAUGGUUUUCUAGACUCAUGCGUCUACGGAUUCAACUCCGAGAGUAGGGAGAUUGUGCAUUCGAGUCCUCCAUGGAGUGAUUUCAAGUCCUCUACUCGAGCUGGAGCCCGGUCUUUGAAAUCAACAUCUUACUUUGAAGAUUCUACAGAAUUAGUUGCGUUCCUGAAUGGAACAAUUGCUUCCAUGGAUACAGCUUCUGGGAAGGUUUUUUGGUCAUUUUCAACUGGAGCCCCAAUAUACUCAUCAUAUGAAGCUCCUUUCGAUCAUGAUAAGGAUAAAGAGAACGGCUCUGGGCCAACUACUGGAUUCUCUGUCGAUUAUGAAGAUGACUGGCAGCUGUAUUUACGUGGAACUACUGGAGUGAAAUUUAAAAUGAAUAUUGAAGAUUUCAUCAAAAUUACACCACAUAUAUCAGACGAUGGAUCAGUUACACUUGGAUCUAAGACAACUACAGUGUUUGUGGUUGAUGCUAAGACUGGAAGACUUGUCCAUACUUAUAAGUUACUUGAUUCUCCAUCGACAUUGCAAAGAGAUGAAGGGAGUGCUUUGCACGAUGACAAUAAAAAUAAUAAGGAUCUGGUAAUGUCGGGCUCUUCAAGUGCUGCUCAAGUCAUGUACAUCACAAGGACAGAUUACACACUGCAAAAUUUUGGUUCAAAUUCAGACAAUGUUUCUUGGAAUAUGAAAGUGGCCAUGAUUGAGGCUGCUUUCCUCUGUAAAGAUGUUGAGAGCUCAGCAGCCACAUUGAACUCUGCCUAUGACCUCAUUUCUGAAAGUCGAAGUGAUUUUAAUAUGCCUUUGUCAUGUCAUUCUAGAAGAAUGGUAGUUCGAAGACAGGGUAAGCCAGAGUCUGGUUUUGGGGCUGCUCGAAGUGAUGAGAAGCUUCCAUUGCCUGCUUCAAAUCUAAUGCUUCCUUCAGAUUCUGGCAUUGAAAAAUCAUUAGAUGCUCAUCAUGAAGAACAGAUGCUCACAGGGUUUGCUCCAAAUCCUAUGCUUUCGUUGGAACCCAAAGUUGAUAAACUGUCAAAUUUUCUUCCCAAUAAUGAGAAUGAAAGAAUGCUUGCUUUGCCUUAUGAUUCUGUGGUGGUUGAUGUUCAUGAUGCAAGAUUGCCUUAUGAAAAUGUGUUGAGGUCAUCAGCUUUUGUUUUGAUUGUGAUCAUUAUUCUGUUGGGCUAUAUCUUUUAUCCUCAUGAUCUAGCAGGUAAAGAAAAGAUUGCUUCAGAGAAGCUGUCCAGUAGUGGUAGUUUAAAAAUUUCACCUUCUAAAAGGAAGAAAAGCAAGAAAUCAGGAAAGAAAAAUGCCAGUGUUGAUACAAAGGAUGCAGAUGUGUCAUCUGAAAAUGGGGAUGGAUCUGCACUCGGUGAGGGUGAUGACACAACAUUCUUGGACCUUAAUAAACUUGUUGAUUGUGGUGCUGAUGGACGUAGAAUUGGUAAGUUAUUUGUAUCAAAUACUGAAAUAGCUAAGGGCAGCAAUGGUACCAUUAUCCUUGAAGGUGUGUAUGAAGGUCGAGUUGUUGCUGUGAAACGCCUUGUUCAAACUCAUCAUGAUGUUGCAUUUAAAGAAAUUCAGAAUCUCAUUGCAUCAGACAGACAUCCAAAUAUUGUUCGAUGGUAUGGGGUGGAGUAUGAUAAAGAUUUUGUCUACCUUUCUUUGGAGCGUUGUACAUGCAGCUUAGAUGAUUUGAUUCAGAUAUUUUCUGGUUCCUCUGUAAGCCAAAUCUCUGGUGAGGACCAUGCUACAAGAGCUGAAAUUGAGUAUAAACUUCGGCUGGAUAAGGUGAAGGUUAUUAUGCAGGACCUUAAUUUGUGGCAAGAAAAUGGCCAUCCAUCACCUCUUCUAUUAGCACUAAUGAGGGAUGUGGUUUCUGGGCUUGUGCAUUUACAUGAGUUGGGUAUAAUUCAUCGAGACUUGAAGCCUCAAAAUGUAUUACUACUUAAGGAAAGAUCUUUAUGUGCGAAGCUUUCUGAUAUGGGAAUCAGCAAGCGCCUUUUUGGCGAUUUGUCUUCAUUGGGUUAUAAUGCUACUGGCUGUGGCAGUUCUGGUUGGCAAGCACCAGAGCAGCUUCUUCAUGGACGCCAAACACGCGCAGUUGAUUUGUUUAGUUUGGGUUGUGUCCUCUUUUUCUGUAUUACUGGCGGCAGACAUCCAUUUGGUGAUCGUCUUGAACGUGAUAUCAAUAUUGUCAAAAACAAAAUGGAUCUUUUCUUAGUUGAAUACAUACCAGAAGCUGAGGAUCUCAUUUCCCGUUUAUUAAACCCUGACCCUGAAUUGAGGCCAAAGGCAUUAGAAGUGCUGCACCAUCCAAUGUUUUGGAGUUCUGAAAUGAGACUGUCAUUUCUUCGCGAUACUAGUGACAGGGUAGAAUUAGAGGAUAGAGAGUCUGAUUCUGAUCUCUUGACAGCAUUAGAAAGUACUGCACCAACUGCACUUGGUGGAAAAUGGAAUGAAAAGAUGGAACCUGCAUUUAUCAGUAACAUUGGACAUUACAGGCGGUACAAGUUUGACAGCGUUCGGGACUUGUUGCGAGUCUUGCGAAACAAGUUGAAUCAUUAUAGAGAACUACCCAAAGGAAUUCAGGAGCUUGUUGGACCAGUUCCAGAAGGAUAUGAUGGCUAUUUUAGGAGUCGAUUUCCGAAGCUGUUGAUUGAAGUAUACAAAGUUGUGAACAUAUUCUGUAGAGAAGAGGAUUGCUUUCACAAGUAUUUUUAACUUUGGCAUCUUCUGAUGUCCUGAAAAAAAUGAAUGUAAUUAUAACCAAUGUAUAAUCGUAAUUACAGCUGUAAUCUUAGUGUAUAAUACUCACACUUGUUAACGCAACUUACUACUCUCUUUAAGAUGACCUUCGCACAUUUUUCUUUCUU